CAUAUUUUUAUUUCAGCUUUUGUGUUGUUUGUUCGCUCGGCCGCUGUGUCUAGAUCUGAUGGUGCGAUAACAAACCAUUUAAAAGAGCAGAGAUUUUCUUUGUUUCUGCACUUUGAAGCGUCACGCGGACACUGAGGAGAAGACAGUGGAGAUCAGCAGCAGCAGCAGGUGAGUUCAACUCUCUGAUAAUAAAACAGAUUUACAGGCUCUGCAGGUGUACUGAGUCAGAAGAAUGAUAGAUAUUAAAAAAUAUGAACAUAUUGAUAAUGGAGUAGUUUUACUCACAUGGUUUCAUAGACCUUAGAAACAAACUUUGGCUCAUUACAGUGUCAAGUUGAUAUGUCUUUUUCUUCUCAUGUGUAUUUUUUAUAUGAUUUUUUAAAGAGUACCACAAACCAACACUGUUUUGAAUCCAGAAUGGCUCCUUCCUCUUAUUUCUAAGAAUUUAUAUAUGUAAAUAUUACAAAGAUGAAUUAUGCAAGAAAACACAAGUGAACAUAAAAGAAGAAAAAUAAGGCAGACUAAAAGCCAUUGAAUUAGUUUAUAUAUUUUCAAAAAUCUUGUGUAUUAGCGAAUGUUGUAUACUUUUUCUGUGAUUUCUUGGUCAGUUAUUCUACUAUGAAUAAUCUUCUCUUUGUUGCUUUUGUAACUCUUGGAGCCUCGCACCUUUCUCUUGUUUUAUUCAGGUUGUUUCUCGUUCAUUUCUAACUUAUAUUUUCUCUUCAUCACCUGAAAAAGGAGGUAAACUCUGGUUAUUUUCUUUCUUUUUAAAGGUGACCAUCAUCUUAAAUAUCAGGCUCUUCUACACCACCACAAUGUUCACUGUCUCUGCACUUCUGUGUUCAAUGAUGGCUCUGACCAUCGGGGCUGCUGGUGAGUAUGGUUAGGGUUAGGGUUAGGUUGAUAAUGUUUAAUGGGGAUGACUGUAAAACAAAGGAGUGUUAUGGGAAUGAAAAUGAAAAGGUAGAUUAUGCUGCUCAUUUAUUCUAAUUCAUAUUAAAGUAAAUGUUUUCACUGAGAUAAAUGGCACAGCUGCAGGAGUUUUUAUGCCCUCCAUCCAGCUCCCCAUCUGCUCAGAGCAGAUGUGAGGCUUACUGUAAUACACAUGUUCAACACUCAGUGUGUUUACAUGCACAGCUGUAUGUAGCUGUCCUCCUCCCCACACAAGGGGGCGAUAUGGGUCUUUUCAGCUGCACUGCUUCUGACCCCAUACAAAUGUCAACAACAACAGCAGGUAUGUGCCAGAUGUCAGAAGAGGCUACAGCUGCUGCUGGGCAUUCCCGAGCAAGAAGAUGGAGCAUCGUACGGUGUUGUUUUUGUCGAACAUGAUGUAUACGCUACUUUUUCUGCAGAUGAGGUGCACGCUACUCUUUCUCUGGUGUUUUUGUUCUGGGGUUACGGGGUGUGGCGCAUGCGCACAUGCAUUGUCCAAUAAUCGUACUCUGACUACGCUGGUUACAUGGUAGAGAAAAUCAAAUUCCACUCGAGAAAAACAAAUUAUUGCCUCACUCCAAUUAAGACCGGACAACUGAAGUGCAUGUAAACACUUUAGUCCGACUAUCCGACAAGUCCGACAAUCGAAGUUUGAAAACUCAGAUUAGAGUUGGAGAACUGCGAUUAAGACACUCAGAUAAUGCGAUUGGAAUUUGAUUUUCUCAGCAUGAAACCAGCGUAGUCAGAGUAUGAUUAUUGGACAAUGCAUGUGUGCAUGCGCCUCACUCCAUAAUCCCAGAACAAAAACACCAGAGAAGAGGAGUAGUGUGCACCCCAUCUGCAGAAAAAGUAAAGUGUACAUCAUAUACGACAAAAAACAACACUGUACGAUGCUCCAUCUUUUCGCUCAAAAAUGCCCAGCAGCAGUUGUGGCAACUUCUGACAUCUGGCACAGACCUGCUGUUGUUGUUGACAAUUGUAUGGGGUCAGAAACAGUGCAGCUGAAAUGACCCAUAUCGCCCCUACUUUUGGGGAGGAGGACACGUUCAUGUCGAUAAUUCAAAUUUCUCAGCUGCAUGUAUACGCAGACAAGGAGAGAAGUCCGAUUAGGCGAAAAGAAAUCAAAUUAUGAACAUAGUCCGAUUAGGCUAUGCAUGUAAACGCUCUGAGUGUUAGUGUCAUCCUGACCUCUAAACAUGCAGCUCACUUAGAGACUGCUGGCCAAGUAUCAGGUCUGCAAAGUGUCCGUGAGACCUUAUUUUAAACUUUUACAUCUGCCAACAAUAAGAACCUGAAGUUGUUUCUGUAAUGAAUACUUAUAAACCCUAGACAUGAUAAAUACUUUUGAUGCUAAAUGGGGAAUGUGCAUUUGUCAGUCUAAAGAUACAUUUUUAUGACACAAAGACUCUUUAUUCAGUCUUUGUGGUCAGGUCAAGAUCAGUCUCAACCUCUUUAUAAAGUGUUUGUUCAUGAUUCAGAUUUACAACAUUUUCACUCAGCCUUGGGCCUUUUUCAUAAAUAUGUUUGUUUUUGGUGGAUUUUGGUUCUUCCCUGUGUUUUAGCCUCAGUUCUUCACUUCAACGGAAUUUUACGGGGUUUUGGAAAGUGCUCUAGAGGUCUAAAUGUCUACACAUGCUGCUCAGUCAUUCUUAUGUGGAGAGCUAAAAGAAACGUCUUUGGUAGGGCAAUAGUUGUUCUCUGGUUUGUUUCGUCCAUUAAGGUUGUAAGUUUACUUUGUGCACAUGAGUUAUUCAUCUUGUGGACCUGGCUGAUGCUGUUGCCAUGGAAAUAGUCAUGCCUUGUUUCCUUGAGGGGACUCAGUGUGUUUGUAUAAAGUGACCUGAAAAGCUGCAAAAAGUGACAAAUUACACAACUCUGCCUUUGCUGAAUGCAAACAUAAAAGCUGAAGUAUGCAGCACUGGAUCUCUACUUUUGUGAGAGUUUCAAUGACAAAAGCAACUUUCACCUCUAUUACAAACGUAAAUAUUGAAUAAUCUACCUCAACUCACCUUUAGCAUACAGAGCUCCUUUGGGCUGAGUUUAAACACACAGCGCCAGAUUAAAUAUGAAUUCCUACAUGAGACAAACACACUUUUUCUGAGCUCUUUUCUUAAUAAUUCUUUAAAUACUCAGUGUAAGACUCUGAAGAAAAGUCACACUGACUGUUUCUAACUUAAACAGAUAUUUUAGUGUAAUAUUAGUGGAAUGAACAGCUUCAAAUAGAUGAUAAAUGAGAACAAGAACGUUCUAAUGUAUGUUUGCUCAUUCUAAAGAAACCCUCAGACUGAUUUAUUAAAGCAUUUGUCAUGAAGCACUUGAACAUGCACACAGGGUGUAGAUGCUGACUCAUUCCACAAUGAAAGAAGUGAAUGAAAAGUUUGUUUUAUGGGAGGGAGUUUAUGUGAAGUUUAAGGGAUCACAUCAAUCUCUGUGUUUAAGAAUUUACUGUAAUAGAGUUAUUACUGAUGGUUUUAAAGGAGUUUUCUGUCAUGGUUUGGGCUGAGAUUAGAUUUACAACACAAAAAUGCUAAAUAAUUAAAGACCACUACACUUUAUCAAACUUGAAGUAGGCCAGCACUUUUUUUUUAGGUUUAUGAAAUAGUCUGAAAAUCAUAAUAAUGCUUUCAUGAUAUCCAGAAGCACAAACUAUCAGGGACAUGACUGAACACCUAAAUCCAGAUCAAGAGGUGAGGUAUCAGCCAAGCAGCUAAAGUAAAAACCCUGAUUAGACUAUUUCUGCACACAAUAUUCACAGUAUCUGACUCAUUUGACUGUUAGUGGAGAAGAUAAGCAAAAGCAAAAAUUAAUAGAUCCCUGAGGAACUUAAUAUCGGUACCAGUAUUGGUCCGGAAAAAACUGAUAUUCUAAGGGCUGUUCAGGUCAAACUUGGGACUUGACAGUUUUUUGUCCGGGGCAGGGACUGAGGCUUAAAUUUGGCUGAACUAUCUCACUAACUUUUCUUUGAGUAAAUAAAGUUGGUAAGAAAUGCAAAUUAACUCAAAAUGGAAGUAAAAGGGCCCAAAAAAUUCAGGUUGAUUGUGAGCAAUUCACAGUAAUGAUGAACUUUAAGAAUCAACACAGUUCAUCCCUCUUGGCCUGCCUUCAGUUCAGCCUCUUGUCUAUAAGAAGACCACAUCCUGUCCCUGUGGUUGGACCGAGUACCUGGACCGAUGUUUCAUCUAUAUCCCUGAGAUCAUGACCUGGUCUGAGGCUCAGGUAAGCAGGCCUUUCUGGACUCUGCAUCUGUUUCUGCUUCAGUUUGGUCCGUCAGCUCAUGUGAUGGUUUUUGUCUGCAUGUUUCCGAUCUGUUUGUGUUCUCUGUAGAAAAACUGUCAGUCCAUGAAGGCCAACCUGGCCUCUGUACGCAGCUUUGAGGAGUACGCCGCCAUCCAGAAACUGACCGCUUUUAACGGGUACAGGAACACCUGGAUUGGAGGCUCUGAUUCACAACAGGUGCACUUCACCAUAUUUCAUGGAUGGCAAAAUUUAAUGGCUUUAACCUCUUUAACUUGUUUGAAUAUGAUCUCAAUCUCUACUCUCUUCUGUUUUCCAGGAGGGUUUUUGGUUCUGGAUCGAUGGGACACCUGUCACAUACACAAACUGGUGUCCUUAUCAGCCUGAUAACCUUGGAGAACAGCACUGUAUACAAAUGAACUAUGGAGGUAAGUGGAUCAUGUCCCUUUAAAACAUGAUAAUUGGUGACAUUUGUCCCCUCAGAGCUGACUGACUGACUGACUGAUUGUUGUAUUUUCUGUUUCUCCAGCUCGCAAGUGCUGGGACGACACCAAAUGCAGCACCCUGUAUCCAUCCAUCUGUGCAAAGAAAAUCCUGGGAUAACGCAGAGGAAAGACAGAGCUGCAGAAACACUGAUUGACACGUUUUCUGUUUGUGUACUCGUUAUUUGUCUAUCUCACUAACGCUGAAGGAUUCACCUCGUUUUGCUUCAUUAUUUAUCUAACGUCACUGUGUCGCCUUUAAAGAAAUAAAGCUAUGAGUGACAAUGACACCAGCUGGAUUGUCACUGAGGCUUUUUCUGCUUUGACAAUAUACUAAAUGUUGAAAUGCUUUAAGUUUAACUUUCCUCUUCC